AUGGCGGCCCCGAUGCCGAUCGUGAACCCGACGCCGUACAUCCAAGCCGUCGCGCCCUGGCUGCCCGCCAACUACCCGCUCAAGCUGCAAUCGCUCUGCCAGUCGUCCGAGGACGUGCUCAUCCUCGAGGUCGUCCUGCGCUUCCUGUGCGGCGGCGACUGCCCCCCGGACGCCGCGCCGCGCGUGCGCCAGGAGUGGGCCGAGAAGCAGCGCGCCGUCAUGCUCUCCAUCCAAGCCCUCCGCGGCCCGCCGCCGCCCCCCGACGUCCUCCACAAGCGCAAGUACAGCCCGGACGAGCCGGACGGCGUGCACGGCAAGCGAAGCCGGACGCACAGCGCGAACGGGAACGGGCACGGGAACGGGCAUCACCACCUUCCGCCUCCUCAUCCUCAUCCUCAUCCCCACCCCCGGUCCCCGGCGCUCGGCCAUCCCCACCCCCACCAGCCCAUGCACGGCCAUCCGCACCACGCCCCGCCGGCGCACCCACACGCGCCCCCUCCCCCGGGCGGCGGCGGCGGCGGCGUACCGCCCGACGCCCCGCCGAACCACCUCAAAGUCUCCCCCGACUCGCCGACCCCGCGCUCCGCGCCGCCGAUCAACGAAGACGCCCACCCGCUCUACACCGUGCACGCGCUCUCCGCGACCUCGCCCGUGCGCAAGAAGGUCGACGUCACGAUCGGGCGCGAGCUCGUGCAGAUGCUGCACCCCGUCACCGCCGCGAUCGAGGCCACGCUCCCGGCCCACAUCUUCACCCGCGCCUUCGUCCUCCCCACGCGCGGCAAGGCCCGCGCGCACUGGACCGUCGUCCUCCUCGCGAGCGACGCGCCGGGAAAGCCACAGGUGAUAUUCGGGAUCGACGCCGCCGCGCCCGCCGGGUACCGCACGACCGAGUACGAGCACCCGCACAACCCCGAGCCCGGCGGAGGAGGCGCGGGCGCAGGUACAGGGCACGCGACCGCGAAGGUGGCGAAGAGCAUGACGCACCACCCGCGCGGGACGCCGACGAUCCCGUCCCUCCGCGCCUUCCUCGCGCACCUCCCCAACGCGAAGCUCCUCGAGCCGUCCACGGCCGUGUUCAAGAGCGCGGUGCUCACCACGCCGGCGCCGACGCCGGUCUCGCCGCUCACGUCCGGCGCCGCGCCGGACAGGGCCGACCUCGGCGGCGUGCCGGGGAUCGAGGCGUACCGGGGCAGCAAGCCCGGCACGCUCUGGUUCUUCCGCGAGGGCGUACUGUGGGGCGAGAGCAAGCCGUGCGAGUUUUGGGCGGUGGAGGAUCUGGCGGGCGGGGGGGAGGCGGUGAGGCUGUUGAGCGCGACGGGGAAGACGUGCUCGAUUUACGUGAAGCGCGCGCCGAAGAAGAAGAAGGAGGGCGAUAGACCGAAGAGCGUGAAUGGCGAGGCGAAUGGACGGGCGGGGAGCGAGAACGGGAGCGGAAGCGGAAGCGAGGAGGAGGAAGGGGAGGAGGAGGGGGAGGAGACGGAGUUUUCGAUGGUGGACGGAAGGGAGCAGGAGCCCGUCACGGCCUGGGUGCGUGCGCACAGACACCUGUUCGGAAAAGGCGCAGACGCGGCGCACAAGAAGGCGGGCGAGGGCGCGGAAAAGGACGCAAACGGCGAAGAGAAGGGCAAAGGUAACGUCAAGCCCAACGGGCACCCUGCCGGCGCGAACGGGAAGCAGCAGAAGGGGUACUGGGGCAAGGUCACGGUGAACAACAUGCCGGAUGACGACUCGGACGAGGACGACGAGAGCUACAGGCAGUCCUCAGGCUCGGACGACGGCGGAUCUGCCCGGUCCUCCUCCAGCAGCAGCAGCAACCGCAGUGCAGGCUCAGCCUCGGGCUCAGCCUCGGGCUCGAAUCGCUCGCCCUCGGCCGAGCACGUCAACGACAGCGAAGAGCUUAGCCCCGACAGACACCCGCUCAGCACGCAGCCCGGCGCGACGCAGAGGCGUAUCUCAAAGGCCGCGGUCGAGGCCGUCGUCGACAUGCUCGCGGGACCCAACGGCACCGGCAACCCGCUCGCGCAGACGCGCGCCGAAGACUCGGCGAGGGCGCGCGGCGUGCCCCCGCCCCCGCCGUACGGCAUGAUGAACCAGAACGGGCGCUCGGUCUCGCCCGUCGCGCGGAACCACAACGGGAACAACAGCAACAGCAACAACGAUCACGGCCAGACCCUUCACCAGAGCAACAAACAUAACCACGGAAAGGCGAACGGAACCCCCCGUGCUCACGAACGCGAUCACGACGACGAUAUCAUCAUGAAAGACAAGCGCGCCGACGGCACCGGCGCUGGAAGAAAGCACGCUUUAGAGAACGUGGAUAUGGUCGAGAGCGAGGACGAUGAAGUCGACGAGUUCGACGAACUGGACGACUAA